GUUUUAUUGGGAUUUGCUUAUGUUAUUAGUAUUGGUAACUAAUUUGAUAGUUCUUCCGGUGGCUAUUUCCUUCUUCAACGACGACUUGUCAGCUAGAUGGAUUGCUUUCAACUGUCUUUCAGAUACUCUAUUCUUGUUGGAUAUUGUUGUUAAUUUCAGAACGGGUAUAAUGCAACAAGACAAUUCAGAGCAAGUGAUUCUCGAACCAAAAGAGAUCGCUCGCACCUACAUUCGCACUUGGUUCUUCCUAGACCUGCUGAGUUCGAUCCCCUUCGAUUAUAUCUUCCUGAUCUUCAAUCAGGGUUAUGGUGACAACUAUCAGCUACUGCACGCGGGAAGGGCGCUGAGGAUAUUACGUUUUGCGAAAAUGCUCUCCCUCCUUAGGUUGCUCAGGUUAUCAAGGCUGGUGAGGUACGUCAGUCAAUGGGAAGAAGUAUAUUUCUUCAACAUGGCUAGCGUAUUUAUGAAAAUCUUCAACUUGAUAUGCAUGAUGCUGCUGAUAGGACAUUGGAGUGGCUGUUUGCAGUUCCUCGUGCCCAUGCUACAGGGCUUCCCCCCCAACUCCUGGGUCGCAAUCAAUGAGCUUGAGACUGCCCACUGGUUCAAUCAGUACUCGUGGGCGUUAUUCAAGGCGAUGUCACACAUGCUAUGCAUCGGCUACGGACGUUUUCCCCCACAGAGCCUGACCGACAUGUGGUUAACUCUGCUCAGUAUGAUAAGCGGCGCCACUUGCUACGCUCUCUUCCUCGGUCACACCACAAAUCUCAUACAGUCACUGGAUUCCUCGAGGAGACAGUACAGAGAAAAGCUAAAACAAGUAGAAGAGUAUAUGGCUUAUAGAAAACUACACAGAGAACUUAGAACUCGAAUAACAGAUUACUUUGAACAUCGAUAUCAAGGGAAGUUCUUCGACGAGGAGAUGAUCCUUGGCGAGUUAUCCGAGAGACUUAGAGAAGACGUCAUCAACUAUAACUGCCGUUCCCUGGUGGCUUCGGUUCCUUUCUUUGCGAACGCAGAUCCCAACUUCGUGAAUGACGUCGUCACUAAGCUAAAAUAUGAGGUAUUUCAGCCGGGUGACGUCAUUAUUAAAGAAGGUACUAUAGGUACGAAGAUGUAUUUCAUACAAGAAGGUAUAGUAGAUAUUGUUAUGAGUAAUGGUGAAGUCGCCACCAGCUUAUCGGAUGGCUCAUACUUUGGAGAAAUCUGCUUGCUGACGAACGCCCGGCGUGUGGCGAGCGUUCGGGCCGAGACCUAUUGCAACUUAUUCUCUUUAUCAGUGGAACAUUUUAACGCCGUCCUCGAUCUAUAUCCACUCAUGCGGCGAACCAUGGAAUCAAUCGCCGCCGAAAGGCUCAACAAAAUCGGCAAAAAUCCAAGCCUAGUCUCAAAUCGAGAAGACCUGCAAACCGACCUGAAGACGGUCAGCUUACUGUUGCAGAGUGCCCAAAGUGACUCGGACGAUUCUAACAAAGCCCCCCUCAUGGGAGGGCACUUGUCUGUGGCGAGGGGUAUGCCCAGACCCAAGUCCGAGAGCUGUUUUCCGCGAAUGGACCUGGGAUUUCCGGACAGUUCCGAGCCCGGAUCCAUGCACAGAUCCGAGACUUUCUUUCAGGCCACGAGCUUGCCCAACACGGAGCAGGUCUUCCAGUCCAUGUUCCAAGCAUAAGAGUUCCACCGCAUGUGAUCACUCGCCGAUGAGAAACGUUGCAAAGUUUGACCAUGAAACAUCCUAAAAAAAGUGACCGCUGAUGACGCGGUAUAGUCCAUGGAGUGCUUCUGCUUGAUUAGUAUUAAUGACAACAGAGACUAACACCUGGUGUCUGGUGUUAUAAGCCCCCCUGAUAACAGACAACAAAAUUACAAGAGAGAAAAAUCACUUUUCGUGGUUUUAUGGAGAGCUCUUCCUCUUAUUGUUGGGGAUUUGUGAAAUAAUUUAAAAGCACUUAUAGACUGUGAGAGCAAAAUAUAUAUAUUAAUAGUCGCUCCGAAUCUGUUUUAGAACGAUUUGUUCAUAAUUCUAAAAUUUCCAACAAAAAAUAUCUUUUUCAGAUAAAUACUUUUAUCUAUUUUUUACAAAAAAAAAUUAUUGUGAUUUAAUAAACAUAAAACGAACAUUUAUUUUUUCAAAACAUAUUUGAAAUAAUCAUUUUUAACUGAAACGAUUUGGCAAACUCCUUUCAAAGGCUCUUGAGAAAAUUAUUUAUGACAGAAAAUUAUUUUUAUAACACUCGAGCCGUUGUUAAAUCAUGUCAAAUGAAAUAUUUUUUUGAAUUUCAAGAAGUAAUAAAAUAUAAUGACGUGCU